CAACGUAAUCUUUAUAUAAACAUUAUACUAAUCCAUAUUUGUUAAGGAAUCAUUAAGGAUAAUGAUGAAAAAGUUUAACUUGUACUAAUUGGAUAGCUUGUCUAAUUUUUGGGGACAAUAGAGAAAGUGGUUAUAACUUAAGGGGAAAAGUGUAAAUUUGUUUAAUACAAGGAUCUUAAACAAUUCUUGUACUGAAUUUUCCUUCAACUUGUUGAUAAACAGAAAAAUACAGAGAGUUCCGGGUAUCAGCACAAAAGAUAGGCAAAAAAUUGGUACAAAUUUUACCUCAUAUGUGACAUAAACAUCAUGGUUCAACAUCACGGGCUAGAAAGAAGAAUUCAUCAAUCAUAUACUCCAUACCAUGUACUCAAAUGCAAAACAGGACACAAGCCAAGCUAAAAUAACUAUAGGCUUUCAAAAUAAUCAUCAAAGAAACAAAAAAUGGCCCUAAGCACCUAUCUAACACGUGUCAACACUAUAAUAUGUUUAUCAAAGCAACAACUCGGGGCAACACCUUGGCCACACUUGUAAGUGUAUUUUACUAAAUGUUUUAAAACUAUUUCUCACGGGCCCACACUAGUACAUGUAUUAUUAUUUGAUGUCUCAAGAUUUAACAUGUCAUUAACAGGCCUCAUACUCACUAUUAUUUGUAGUUUUGAAUUUCAUUGCAUUAACUAGCAAAUUCUAAAUUUCUAUUCUUUAUGGCAUUUCCUUCCUUUCAAAUUUUGACCACUCAUCUAGGUCUAUCUCUCACACAAACAUAUGUUUCAGAGACUAAAUCUGAUGAGCCAGUACCAGAGCUUCCACCACUCAAAGUCAAAGACCUACCUCCAGAAGCAAAACAUAACCUCUUGGUUGAUAUAAUUACAGGAAUGGAGAAUUCACAGGGUAUCAUCUGCAACACUUUUGAGGAACUUGAAUAUUUUUAUAUAACAAGAGUACACCAAGUCCUUCCCAUCCCCAUCUUUGCACUAGGUCCAAUACACAAAAACUCACCAAGUUUUCAGGCUAGCAUAUGGACGCAAGAUCAUACAUCCAUUUCAUGGCUAGAUACACAAGCCCCCAAGUCAGUGCUCUAUGUUAGUUUUGGAAGCAUGGUACAAGUGAGCAAAGCUGAUUUUGUAGAGAUAGCCUGCGGAUUAGCCAACAGCAAGCAGCCGUUCCUAUGGGUAGUUCGUCAUGGCUCGAUUGAAGGAUCAGAUGAAAUUGAUCCACUCCCCUUGCCAGAGGGUUACUCAGACACAAUAGGUCAAAGGGGGAAUAUUGUUAACUGGGCACCUCAACAAGAAGUAUUAGCCCACCCUGCAGUAGGAGGUUUCUGGACUCAUUGUGGAUGGAACUCAAUUAUGGAGUGUAUUAGUGAAGGUGUACCAAUGCUUUGCCUACCUUUCUUUGCUGAUCAGAAUAUAAACACGAGGCACAUAAGCGACCAUUGGAGGAUCGGAAUGGAGCUGGACAAGAGGGUGAAAAGAGGUGAAAUAGAGAGAGCAAUCAGAAAACUGAUGGUGGAAGAAGAAGGUGAAACAAUGAGAAAUAGAAUCACAGCUCUGAAAGAAAAAGCAACUCUUUCUGUCAUGGAAGGUGGCUCCUCAUACAAAUCCUUGGAGAAUCUCACUAAUUAUCUAUUGUCAUUCUAAUCAAUGUAUCCAUUGUAUUAGAUCGCACGUAAGUGUGCAUCAUGCUCUGAAGAAAAUAAACAGUGUCAAUGUUAAAAGAAGGAGCAUACUAGCAUGUGGAAGAAGUUUAUGAAAGACUCUUUAAAUAUAUACAGUAUCAUAGAUUUGCAACUACCAAAUAUAGAACAUUUAGUAUCUUCUAACAUAAAUUUUUGAGAAAGUUACCUUAAGACUAUUUCAUCUUCACCU